AUGGAAACCGGUGUCUCAGAUCUUCAAUUGGCCGCUACCAAUCCGAAACAGCAAAGAGGUACCUCAAGCGCAGAUCAGUUCGAUGCUUGUGAUGAAUCAAAUAGUGACAGCGACGUGACUUGGUUCCCCGGUGAUGGGGUCUGUCCGACAACAACACAAUUCAACCAUUGCUGCCAGUCCAAGAUCGACAACUGGAUAAAUGCAGCAUCUGCACGCCUAGAGGGCACAGAGUCUCUAGAUUACUACAUAUCAGCUUUCUUGAAUCUUCUCAAAGAUGUCCCUCCCUUCUAUAACUGUCCCCUAGGCACUGUACAGUUGUCAGGAAGAGCAAAAUCUUUCCUUGUUUUGAAGUCUUCCCUGCAGAUGAGAACGACAGAAGACUCGAACUGCGAGCAAGAUCACAGUUUCAUCGAUUAUCUCCAGUGCGUCGGAAGCCCAUCACCUGUAUUAUAUUGGACGAAAACGGAGACCCAACUAGAGGUAUCUAUUCCUACUUGUGCCAAGCCUCUUCGCUCUGGGUAUCUUACAAACAUUGUUCUGGCCUGGUCAUACAUCAUCUCCUGCCGUUGGGUGGAGAUAUUACAAAGGGCAGGCGAGAAAAGCCAAAUCCUGCAUGAUCAAGGCAUGCAGGUUGGAGAAUCUUUCUGGGACAUCGUCACGCAGGACUGUUGGAAAGCUCGAGUUAAAAACCAGAACGGCGCUUUUUAUUCACCGUGGAUGUUUAGAAGAGAAGGGACCUCACUCAAACGCCGGAACUGGGAGCCUGCCACACCGAAUUCUCGUCUUGCAUUCCAUAUUCUUAUGGACUUCUGCGCGUCAGAAGGUUUGGAAGGGAAGCUGCUCACCGGAUUUGUCUCUGUUUUGAUCUCAACCUCACGGCAUGCGCCCUCACCGAAAUUCGCUCCUCCUAUAAAAGUAUCCACACCUCCGAUCCGGUCUUCACAAAAACUGCAAGACAAGCCCUUUUCAGAAUUGUUUGAUUCCAUCGAUAGAUGUCUGUCCCUAAGCUCCACACAGGAUGCUCUGGAUUCGUUGCUCUGCAGCGCAUUCUUCGAUCCAUGCGUUCCAUGCAAUCUUGUUGGGGCCACAUCAUUGGGAGUGAAAGAGGCUCUCUCACAGCUUGACGGAAUCGACAAUCGGCAGCUGCUGCUGGCAAUCACCAAUACAAAACCUCACUUGACUCUUUUAUGGGCUGCAGCAGUAUGCAACGGCCAGGCAACUUCGUUCCUGAAGCUGGCUCUUCACGGUCUUCCGCCUAUAUGUCUAGUAGCUGCAUUCUGGACCAACACGACCCAGUCUUUUCUCCAAAUAUUGUAUCCUGUACGAAAUUCAGAAGUGUCCAUCAUUCCUAGAGCGAAUGAGUUUCAAACUUCCUAUUUCUGCCGACCGGAACUGUCAGUACCCUGGUCGCACGCACCUCCCUUUGGCACAACAACCGUCAAGAAUCUCAGCCUGGAAGUACGGGCACACCUUGCACAUAUUCACGUGCCUAUAUCUUGGAGGAACUAUUGGUUACUGGACUCGGGCGAAAGAAUUCCGGCCGGCUCGCAGCAUGAAAUUGCGAGGGUUGAAGCUGACAUUAUAUGUCAUUCUAUCCCGCAAGGGAAACUACGGAGUAACCUGCCCUACCACGAGCGGCGCCUUGAUGAUGAGCAAUCGGGGAUUGCAACAUCGCGCCUCUUCAAUUGGCAUAGAGGUUACGACGAUGGCAUCUGGCUCGAUGAUGGUCAAGUGGAUAUCAAAAACGUUCGUCGACUUCAGAUGCAUCCGUGGAUUAUCGACCAGUUCGAUGAUCGAGGCGAUGAGCCAGUUGACGAACCUACCCACCGCGGGGUCUCUGUUGAGCGGAUUCUGCGUUGGAGGGAUGGGGUCGAAAUGCACGCAAAUGAGCAACUAUGA